AUGUCUCAAGUUCAGGGACAUGGCCUUCAGAAUACCUAUGAAAGUGUUGUCCAUUGUGCUUUGGUAGUUGCAACUGGAAAAAUAAUAAUGGUCUUGGGUCCUAGCUCCUCUGAUCCUGAUGCAAUUGUUUGCAUUGAUGCUUGCUUUGCCCAGAAACAUAGACGAAGUCAACAGGAUGAUCCAGUAAACCCUACAGGUUCAGUUUUUCUGUCACAAGAAGACAUUAAUACUAUGGAAUGUGAGGUUGAAGGUUUGAGAAGGACAAAGGCAUCAAUGCAAAAGAGGAGUGGUCAGUCUUCUAAGAAGAAUUGUGGAGAUGAGGAUAGAUUUGAGCAGGGUAUGAGGAUACCACCAUCAGUCCUCAAGGGUUGUAAUGAAUCCUUCACUGCAGCUGAUGAGAGAUGUCAGAAAGCUGUCAGCUUGAACAGAGCUGCAGAAAUUGGGGCUACCUUGGGCCAUUUCUGCCCCAAACUUCUUUUGCUAUAUCAGUCUUUCAUGCCUUUGGUCAUCAAUGGGCUUGCCAGCUCAUCUAUCACCCUCAGAAAUGAGAAGGGUUUGGACUUUCUGAUUGGAGAGGGUUCCACUAAUACCAUCUCUGUGCACUAUCUUGACAUGAAGAGUCUUACUGGUCUUGGCCAGUGGCUUUUGUGGCACUGGAACCACUGUCAAGAAAAAAAGGCUUCUGCCAAAAAGGGUCUAAGAAAAUCUGGAAUCAAUAUUCAGACACUUCAAGCUGAAUGGGAGGCUCAGUUUGAAUUAGAGAGACUAGAAUGGUCUUACCACCAGACAGUUAGUAAACAAAAACUUCAAAUCCAUGUGGAAGGAUCUAUCCGGCAACAAGAACCUGGAAUUGUCAAGCUUUCUACCUCCUACAAUAAUUUGUGUUUGCAGUUGGUAGCUCUCAUCCACCAGGGGAAAGCCCCUCAAGGGGCCAUAGCACCUAUACUGAUCCAAAGGGAUGGUUUGUUCAAACUAGAUGUGGAUGAUGAUAUCUGGCAGGAUAUUGGUCUUGAGGAUGAUUCUGUGGGAUUGCCACCAGCUUGGUUAGCUGAUGAAAGGGUGCACUUGGGGAUCAGGUCACUCCUUGAGCUGAAGAGGUGUGAGGAGGAGGAAAGGAGGCUCCUGUAUGAAAGAAAAAGCUUGAUGGAAUGGCACUCAGAAGAAUGGAGAUGGCUGGAGAAAUGCAGAGUGGAUGCAGGUGCAGAUCUUGCAUAUGAACUGGACUGCAGGGCUUCAGCAUUAGCAAGUCUGAGUCUCCUGUGGCAGGAAAAAUUGAGGGACUUUCCAGGAGGUGCUGAUGAGAGCUGGGAGGCAAGGGUUGAAGAAUGGAGGAAUAUGGAUUAUGUACCACUCAUCAUGAACAUGGACAGAAAUGAAGAGGUGGGAUGGGAGGACUUGGAAUCUGAAAAUGAUGAUGGGGAUGAUGAAGUGCUUGAUGAUGACUUGCUGUGUGUUGCUGAGGAAUUUGCUCUUGCAGAUGAAUAUCACCAACAGUUCAGUGAGAUGUCAUUGACAGAGUUCUCAUGGGCAGAUGACUGGGAAUUAGAUGUAUUAGAUAUGGAUCUCCCAUCAUCUCCAAGUAAAAGACCAUGUAGGUAG